UUCUGCCCUACUUUAUUUUGAAGGGCGUAUAACACAGGAAGAGAAAUGUCGAUUAUUUCCCCCCGACCCCUCUAAAGUACAGUGGCUUCAACUUGCUCGACUCGCGAUUUGCUUUAAUAUUCUCAAUAUCUGGCAGUUAAGCAAUGUCGUCUUCGGCACCCAUUAAGAUUGGAAUAAUCGGCGGUUCGGGUCUGGACGAUCCGGAUAUAUUGGAGGGAAGAACCGAACAUUAUGUUGACACUCCGUAUGGAAAGCCAUCAGACGCCUUAAUUUUGGGGAAAAUAAAAAAUGUUGAAUGUGUCCUCCUGGCAAGACAUGGGAGACAACACACCAUUAUGCCGUCUAACGUCAACUACCAGGCCAACAUUUGGGCGCUGAGGGAGGAGGGCUGCACGCAUCUGCUGGUUACCACGGCGUGCGGGUCGCUGCGAGAGGAGAUCCAGCCUGGCGACAUCGUCAUCAUCGAUCAAUUCAUUGACCGGACCACCAAGAGAGCUCAGACGUUCUACGACGGCAGGCCGACCAGCCCUCCGGGCGUGUGUCACAUCCCCAUGGCCGAGCCCUUCUGCAACAGGACCAGAGAGGUGCUAGUGGAGGUGGCACGCUCGCUCGGGGUCAAGUGCCACGCCCGGGCCACCAUGCUGAGCAUCGAGGGGCCCCGCUUCUCGUCGCGGGCCGAGAGCCUGACCUUCCGGCAGUGGGGCGCCGACGUCAUCAACAUGACCACGGUGCCCGAGGUGGUGCUCGCCAAGGAGGCGGGCUUGUGCUACGCCAGCAUCGCCAUGGCGACCGACUACGACUGCUGGAAGGAGCACGAGGAGGCGGUCUGCGUGGACAACGUGAUGAAGACCAUGAAAGAGAACGCCAACAAAGCCAGCAGCAUCUUGCUAACAGCCAUCCCUCAGAUCAGCCAGAUGGACUGGAGCCAGACCAUAACCUCCUUGAAAGCGAUGGCCCAGUCGGCAGUAAUGUUACCCAAACAUUGAAGCUCCGCCCCGAAUAAAAAGGAAGGAACGCUCGGCUCGGCUGCGGGUUUGUCAUCGAUGACUGGAAAUUAAACCUGGCAUGUCACCUAAAGUGAUUUUUAAUUUAGUCCCUGCGAUAAUUUGUGAGGACUGAAAUAACUGUGGACAUUUUCAUGAGAUAUUAUUUUUCUAUGCUUUAUAUUUUUAUCCUGUACACAUUUCAACUUCAUAUAUUUUCAGUCUUGUUUUUUUUUUUUCCAAAUGCUAUGCUUAACUAAAAAAAAAAUAUGUCCUGCU